UCGACUCGACUGACAUCUGUGCAACCAAGUUGCGGUACGGGAGAUUUUUUUUUUUCAACCUGCUUUACGGUGAGAGAGGAUAAAGUGUUGAAAGUUGCUGCUAGAAAGACCGGUGGUGUCGUGUGGUGAUAAAUACAGAAGAAACCGAAAAUGGCCUGCAGAAUAUUCCACUUGAGCCGAUCCAUGCUACGGGGACAGCAGCAGCUGCAGUUGUUCGCAGCCGCCCAGAUUCGGGCUUUGUCGACCACUGCCAAGGCAAGUAAAGACGUUGGAUUCCGAACCGAAUCGGAUACGUUCGGUGAGCUGAAGGUUCCGAACGAUAAGUACUAUGGUGCCCAGACCGUGCGUUCAACGAUGAACUUUCCCAUCGGUGGACCUACCGAGAGAAUGCCGCAACCAGUUAUCACUGCGAUGGGUAUUCUAAAGAAGGCCGCCGCACUCGUCAACAAAGAGUACGGCCUUGAUCCAAAAGUGGCCGAUGCCAUCUCGCAGGCGGCGGAUGACGUUAUUUCCGGAAAAUUGUACGACGAUCACUUCCCGCUGGUCAUUUGGCAAACAGGCUCCGGUACCCAAACGAACAUGAACGUCAACGAGGUAAUCAGCAAUCGUGCUAUCGAGCUGCUGGGAGGAACUUUGGGCUCAAAGACGCCCGUUCAUCCGAACGAUCAUGUUAACAAAUCGCAAUCUUCGAACGACACCUUCCCAACGGCAAUUCACAUUUCGGUGGCCCGCGAGCUGACUGGCAAUCUAAAGCCAGCCAUUCAGAUUUUGCAUGAUGCUCUUAAGGUCAAAUCGGACGAAUUUAAAGACAUAAUUAAAAUUGGUCGUACCCACACGCAGGACGCAGUCCCGCUGACACUCGGCCAGGAAUUCAGCGGCUAUGUGCAGCAGACAGCAUUUGCCUUGCAGCGUAUCGAGGCAUGUUUGCCUCGGGUUUACAUGCUCGCUUUGGGUGGAACAGCCGUUGGAACUGGUUUGAACACCCGAAUCGGAUUUGCCGAAAAGUGUGCUGCCAAAAUUUCCGAACUUACUGGACUGCCCUUCGUUACUGCCCCGAACAAGUUUGAAGCGUUGGCCGCUCGAGAUGCGAUGGUCGAAGUUUCCGGUUGUUUGAAUACCAUCGCUGUUAGUUGUAUGAAGAUCGCAAACGAUAUCCGUUUUCUGGGAUCCGGCCCUCGGUGCGGUUUGGGUGAGCUGAGCCUCCCAGAAAACGAACCCGGCAGUUCGAUCAUGCCUGGCAAGGUGAACCCGACUCAGUGCGAAGCGAUGACCAUGGUAUGCGCGCAGGUGAUGGGAAACAAUGUGGCCGUGACGGUUGGCGGAUCAAACGGACACUUUGAGCUGAACGUGUUCAAACCAUUGGUAGUGUCAAAUGUGCUCCGUUCGAUUCGUCUGUUGUCGGACAGUGCCCGCACCUUCACGAAAAACUGCGUGGUUGGAAUUCAGGCUAACCGAGCAAAUAUCGACAAGAUUAUGAACGAAUCGCUGAUGCUGGUGACCGCACUGAAUCCGCACAUCGGCUACGAUAAGGCAGCCAAGAUUGCCAAAACAGCACACAAGGAGGGAACCACGCUAAAGCAGGCGGCCCUUAAGUUGGGCUAUCUGAACGAGCAACAGUUCAAUGAAUGGGUCCGUCCGGAGAACAUGCUUGGACCGAAGUAAAGGUACUUGUUGAAUUUUUUAUUUUUUUUAUUUUUUGUGUAUUCUGAAAAGAAUUUGCUACUAAAGUAUUGAUGGAACUCAA